AUGGCUCCUCUCACUCCCCACUGGCAUCAGCCCUCUCACCCCGACAUCCAAGAAGUUGUUGUCGUAAAUGCCCAGGAAUUCACCACCAAAAGCAUCUCUCGUGUAUCUCUCCCACCCUUUGCUGUAUUUGCAAAGUUCGACUUCCCACCUUGCACACCUGCUAGCGAAGCCACAUACGCUACUGUUCAGACCGGUCGCGAUACUCACCUCAACCUCAACAGCGAUCUGCUGUAUAUCAACCAUUCUUGUGAACCUAGUCUUCUCUUCGAUGUAGGAAACCUGAACAUUCUUGUUGGCCCUAAAGGUCUCGAGGUCGGAGAUGAACUUACAUUCUUCUACCCCUCGACUGAAUGGCAUAUGGCUCAGCCCUUCGACUGUCUUUGUGGGACACCGUCCUGUCGUGGUCGCAUCUCAGGCGCACAAGACAUGGCUGAAUCGCAGCUCCGGGGCAUUUGGCUCAACGGACACAUCAUACAGCUCCGUGCCGAGCAGGUUGCGCGAUCUGAGGACCCCACGGCGAAUGCCCUGCGCGAUGCAGUCGUUCAUGCCGAGAAGGUUCUGGAAUCAGCCCGUCUUGCCCUCCGCUCUUACAAUAGCAAUGCUCACGCCCAAAACGGAAAUGGUACUGUCUCCUCGAAGCGUGUCAACGGAUCCAUUGGAAAAGCUGCAGGAUUGGAACAUCGCGGCCCAACCUCUCGUGAGUUGAGCGGAGAGAUGGGUGGUGAUACUGUCUACGCUUGA